AUGCGUAGAAAAAUAAACAUGAAGGAUUUAUUCAUUCAGUUAAAUGAUUUACCUGAUGAAAUUCUUAUAUAUAUAUUUAAAAAAUUGUACAAUGGUGAAGUACUUUAUUCUUUAAUGGGUGUUAAUCAACGAUUCGAUAGAAUUCUACAUGAUACAAUUUUUACACGUAAUUUAUGUUUACUAGAAUAUUGUCCAGUCGACGAUGCUACUUUUCCAUUUCCAGAUGCAAUAAUUGAUCGAUUUUGUUCAAAAAUUUUACCUGAAAUUGGACAUCAAAUUCAAACUCUUUUUCUUUCACGAACAUCGAUAGAACGUGUUCUUUAUGCUACAAAUUAUCCUAAUUUAAAUCACCUUGGUUUAUGUGACAUUGAAUACAAAGUAGCUAGAUCUCUGCUUGCUGAUGAAAGUCCUUUAACUGAUAUGUUCAAGAAUCAAAUUUCAUCACUCUUCAUCAAUUUGAGUGAUGAAGACGAUCUCAUUUCAACAGGAGCUAUGACUUCAGCUAUAUUUAAUGAAAUUUUCAACGGAUGUACUAAUUUACAAUGCUUAAAAAUCAAUCCAUAUUUAUUUUUUCGGGACACUGUAAAUGAUUGUAUGACACAUAGUACUUCUAUUUGUUCAACUUUAUUAGAAUUACAUGUUAGGGUGUCACGCACGGAUGACUGCCUUUAUAUACUUGAUGGACGUUUUGAUCAACUUCGUAAACUUUAUGUUACUUGUGAGGACAUCUUUGUUGGGUCUGCCGAAACUGAACAUAAGCAAAAACUAUUACCAAAUUUACGCAUUUUUUCUUUGUGCUGUAAGAGGAAGAUGUUUAAUUAUGAUGGAUUAAUUGUGCCACUUCUACGUCGAAUGUUAAAUUUAGAAGAACUUGAUUUAAAUAUUACAGUUUAUUGUGAUAAAAAAAUUAUUGAUGGUGAUAUUUUGAAGAAAGAUAUUCUUAUUUAUAUGCCACAAUUAUAUAAAUUUACAUUUAAUAUAUGUUUAAUCAUUAAUCAUCAUCAUAAAAUUAAAUUUCCAUCAAAUGAACAUAUUCAGAAUACAUUUAAAAAUAUUUCCACUACUCAAAUAAUUACUUCUAUUGAGCAUUUCCAAGGAAAACAAUAUGGUCGAUGUCAUAUUUAUUCAUAUCCAUAUAAAUGGAAAAUUUAUAAAAAUCUAACAAAUAAUUUUCGAGGUGGAUUAUUUACUAGUGUUACUCAAGUAUCAUUAUAUGAUGAACGUCCAUUUGAAUAUAAAUUUUUUCUUCAAAUUGCUCAAUCAUUUCCAUUUAUGAAAGAAUUAAAAAUUAAGAAUCAAAAGGCACAAAAAUACAAACAACGUAUAAAGUCAAGCAACAAUAAUCAAAUAUUGUCAGUUAUUGAAUAUCCGAAUCUUACUCGACUUGAUUUUAGUAAAAUUCAUGAUGAUUAUCUUGAAUUAUUUUUAUUUGAUACGAAUGUAUCGUUGCCAACUCGUCUUCAUCUUUAUGCCGAUUAUCAAUCACUCAAAAGAGUGACGUACCAUUUUACAAGAUAUAUAACACGAAAUCAUUGUGCAAAACUUGCUGCGCUGUAUAUUGAUUCAGUGGAUCAAAUCGAUGAAAAUAUCAAAAACUAUUUUCCUCAUACAUGUAUACGUUGGAACAGUGUUUAUCGUUUGAAAAAGUACAAAAGUUCGCACACUUGUUCCUAUCGAUAUAUGUCUGCUACUACUUGA